CUCUGGGAGUUCCUUAUUCCUUUCUUCACCCCUUUCAUCACCAAUGAUAUUCAUUUUUACUACGGAUUUGUCUUUACUGGUUGUUUGAUCUUUUCUUUCUUCUUUGUGUACUUUUUUGUCUAUGAGACUAAGGGGUUAUCUUUAGAGGAAGUUGAUGAAUUAUAUGCAUCCGGUAUUCAACCUUGGAAAUCUAGUGGUUGGGUGCCACCUUCUCAUGAUAGUAUGGCCCACACAACUGGUUUCGCUUCAGAAGCAAAACCAAGCGGUGAGCAUGUCUAG